AUGGUUGGGUUGUGGGUACUGGCUGGUAUCAUUGCUUUCCUGAUUGUGGAGAAGUUUGUGAGGACGGUGAAAGGAGGAGGACAUCAGCAAAGAAAGAGAAAGAGGAAAAGAAGAGAAAAGAAUGGCUCUAGUCUCAUUUGCUCUUCCAAUGCUAGAUACUGCAAAGCCAAAAACUUUUAUUUGGACUUGAGAAGAUUUGAUGAGUUCGCCACAAGACAAGGCGACACUUACAGGAGCUUUAGAGAGAAUAUCUUUGAGCCAGGAGAGGUUGGGGGACACUGUAGACUGGACAAGCCGUUGCUAAGAGAACAGGGCGGGCAUAAGUCUCCAUUACAGUCCUGGUAUGCCGAACUGGAGGAGUAUAACGGCUUUGAUUCUGACCCUUUUGAAACUGGAGGGUGUGAUCUUAUUAUUGAUAAACCGAGCGUGUUUAUUAAGCUUGAUGCUGGUAUUAAUCUUUAUCAUCAUUAUUGUGAUUUUUUCAAUUUAUACGCAUCGCAGCACAUCAACGGGUCCUUUGAUGAUGAUAUAAACAUCAUAUUUUGGGACACUUCUUAUUCGAUAUACAGAGAUUUAUUCAUUGAGACUUGGUCUGCAUUUACUUCUAAUCCACUGAUGAAAUUGGCAGACUUUGCCGGGAAAAGAGUCUGUUUUAAGGAUUUGAUGUUCCCCCUACUAGCUAGAAUGAGAGGUGGUCUGUAUUAUAAUACUUACAUUGUAAGUGUAAUAUGAUUGGAAAGAA